AUGCGCUUCUCUGCCGUGUUCGGCCUUCCUAAAGUCAACAGGAAGACCACCAGCACCGACGUGACAAAUUUGGUCGCGUUCUCCGCGGCGACGUGCGGCAACGCGCUCUGGAGCGGCGCCUCGGUCAACGACAUCAAGCAGCAGAUCCAGCUCGCUCGCUUCAGCACCCCUACCCCCCGGUCGAACUGCGCCGCGCUGUAUGGUCCCGCGAUGUUGAUGGCGGCCAUUUAUAUUGACACGAACGAUAUCUCCUACUUCCUCGCCGACCUCGCAGAGGCCGUCCCGCACUCGCUCUCGCUCGGCCUGAGGGGCUUUGUCCUGCUCGAGAACAUCCCUCUGCAGAAGUACAAGGCCACUGUGCUCGUCGGCAAAUGGAAUGACAGCUCGUUUAUCGACGUCUUUCCGACGUAUGACUCGUUCGAGUUCAUCUUUGCACACCCAGCCGAGUACGACUUCAACAAGGCCAGCACGUACGACGUGAAGCACGGCUACUUUGAAAACAGCCUGCACCCGUCCGGUAGGGCCAACCAGAUUCUCGCGAGCAAGAUGCAACGCUUCCUCCUCGGCGGCGCAAGCCUGAUCAGCGGCAACGGGCAAAGCGCGUGCUGGGGCGAACAGGCGCAGCCGGCAGCACGCAGCGCUUGGGCUUGGGCUUGGGUGUGGGACGCCCCGAGCGGGCGCCAGCCAAUAAAGCGCAGCGGCGGUGUGGGUGGCACAGACGGAUUUAAUAGCCGGGGCGUGGGUGUUGCGAUGGCUUGUCAAGGGGUCAUCAUGAGCUUCAUCUCGGACGCUGAGUCUGUUCUGCCGCGUGCGGUACUGCAAGCGCUCGCCGCUCUCUCUCCCUCCAGUAGCGGGCACGGCCACAAAGAUGGCCGCCUCAAGAAGCUCGCUGACCGGGCCGUGACCAACUUCCUCGCGUUCGGGGUAGCUACACGGACAAUUGCAAUACCUGUCGCCUGA